ACCACAAAAUUGUCCCAAGUUUUAUGUACGAGAAUGAAAUACCACCGAAAAGGAAAAUCAGACUUGAAUGAAUGAAUGAAUGACAAACACAGAAAGAAAAGCUGGAAAGGAAAAUCUAGUGCCCCCACCGAACGUUCCUUUGAUUGUUGUCUUUGCCAUUCGUCUUCUUCUUUGUAAGCCCCAAACCGAAAGCAAGAAUCUUUUCCCAAACAAAAAACGAAGACACCCAGAAAAAAAAAUGGCCUGAGAUUCAUUCGCCGGCUGCCAAAUCCAACCCACAAUGUCCACAUUCAAAGGCAAAGUUUCCGAGAGGCUCUCUCGUAUGUUUGCCGAUCCACCCAGCUCAGCCUCUUCUGUUGUUGACGAUGAAAAUCCCCAGGCCAGGUCAUAUUCCAAAGGGGGUAAAUCACUGUCUUCGUACUUUUCCUACAUUAUCCCAUCUGCAGGCAUUGGUGGAUCUAGAUCAUACAAACACGAGCUAUCAGUUCCGCUUAGUAAUGUGAACUUUGACUCCAAAGAUGAAACCUUAGAUACAUAUGAAGACUGUCAUUCAUCUGGCGAGACCGGGGUAACUGAAAAUGGUCAAGAAAAUGAUGAUGACCAUGCUUCUAUUGGGAGCACAAGUGGGUCUGAAGUGUUUGAAGAAGCAACUUUACAGUCAAGUUCAGAUAAGCAGUUGGCAUAUCUCAUGGAUGACUCUGUCUUUAACCUUGGGGACGAUGCUAUUGCUUAAUCAAUAUUUGAUUUUCAGACCCUGUUUUCUUGAACACACAGUUGAUCAAGAGAGGCAUUGUAUAUUGGAUAAUCAAUGGAAAACUUGGUUCAAUAGCUUUGCUUUUCGUUGAGUGCAGACUUCAAUUUGGGAAUUCUUCAUCAAUUUUGUUAAUUACAAGGUUUGUCUGAAUUUAUCUAAAUUCUGGGAAUUGGCUGUUGUGUUGUGAGCCUACUGUGAUCGUGUACUUGAUUGAGUUGUAAUUGAAUUUCUAAGGAUACUACUGUGUUAUUAUUAUGGACACGGUUGUUAGUGAUUUAUCAGGCUAGUA